UAGGCUCGGGAGAAACUCGGUGCCGGGUGACGUCCCGGGGGAGCCCCGGGCGGGGGGGAGGAUGCUACUGCCGGGGGAGCUCUGCCCGCCUCUCCCCUCGGGAGCCUCCCGGGACGCGGCCAGGGGCUCGUUAUAAACCAGCCCUCGCGACUUGUGUCUCUCUCGGUGCUGCGAGCCCCGGGCCGGGCGCUGCGCUCGCUCAGGGCAGCCGGAUGCCAACUGGUUGCCGCGGAGGCCGGCAGAGAACUGAGUGGUGAGGGAGGACAACAGGGCAAGACACUACACACAAGGAGUUUGCAGGUCAGAAUGUCAUGGACAGAAAAUAGUUUGGAUAACAUGUUUCUCUAGUAUUUCUCCAGUAUUUCAGUAUUAAUAAUGGAUAAGUGUAAGCACAUAGGGCGACUGCGGCUAGCCCAAGACCAUUCCAUCCUGAACCCUCAAAAAUGGCAUUGCGUGGACUGCAAUACUACAGAAUCUGUCUGGGCAUGCCUUAGCUGUUCGCAUGUUGCAUGUGGAAGAUACAUUGAAGAGCAUGCACUAAAGCACUUUCAGGAAAGUAGUCAUCCAGUGGCACUGGAAGUGAAUGAGCUGUAUGUUUUCUGUUACCUUUGUGAUGACUAUGUUCUUAAUGAUAAUGCAACUGGUGACUUAAAACUAUUGCGAAGUACAUUAAGUGCAAUCAAGAGUCAAAACUAUGACUGCACUACCCGUAGCGGCAGGACUUUGCGAUCUAUGGGUACAAGUGAUGACUCUUACCUUUCACACGGUGGUGCCCAAGCCUUGCUUCGAAAUGAAGACCGCAUGUUCACGGCUCUGUGGCACAGAAGGCGUGCAUUAAUGGGCAAAGUGUUCAGAUCAUGGUUUGAGCUAACACCUAGUGGGAAAAGGGUUUUGGAAGAAGAGAGGCGUCAGGAGGAGGCAGAGGAAAGAAGGGACAAAGCUAGGAAAAGAAGACAAGAGCGAAAGCGUCAGUUGAAAGUAGAAAUGGAAAAAAUGCCUCCAAGGAAGAGUUCUCGUUUACAAAAUCAAAAUGAAAUAUCCUCAAAAGUAUCACCCUGUGUACAAAAAUUACCACAAAAGUUGUCCUCUCCUGCAGAGCUGAAAGUAACUUCUACCUCAGAUGACGUAAGAUUGAAAAAAAUUGGUGAUUCUCCAAUUAAGCGAAGGCCUACAGUGACUCCUGGUGUAACCGGACUGAGAAAUUUGGGAAAUACAUGCUAUAUGAACUCUAUUCUGCAAGUAUUGAGUCAUUUACUUAUUUUUCGGGAAUGUUUUUUAAAGCUUGAUCUGAACCAAACUCAAGAGUUGCUGGCAACAGCAGCCAAUGAAAAAACAAGAUCCUCUACUAAGCACCCUCCAAUUACUGGUUCUGCAUUUUGUGUGAAUGAGAACCAAGUGAAGGUAAAAGGAUCGUCUUCUAUGAGACGACCUAGUUUAUCAUCUGGACUAAGUGGAGGGGCAUCAAAAAGUAGAAAUAUGGAGCUUAUUCAGCCCAGGGAGCCAAGCUCAAAGCACAUUUCUCUGUGUCAUGAGCUACAUACUCUGUUCCAAGUUAUGUGGUCUGGCAAGUGGGCAUUGGUGUCUCCUUUUGCCAUGCUCCAUUCUGUGUGGAGACUAAUCCCAGCCUUCCGAGGUUAUGCCCAACAAGAUGCUCAGGAAUUCCUCUGUGAACUUUUGGAUAAAGUACAGCAGGAACUGGAGACAACUGGGACCAGAUACCCAGCUCUCAUCCCCACUUCUCAAAGGAAACUUAUCAAACAGGUUCUGAAUGUGGUCAAUACCAUUUUUCAUGGACAGCUUUUAAGUCAGGUUACAUGUCUUGCGUGUGACAAUAAAUCAAAUACUAUAGAAUCGUUCUGGGAUCUGUCGCUGGAAUUUCCUGAGAGGUACCAUUGCAAUGGGAAGGAGAUGGCUUCUCAGUAUCCAUGCCUGCUGACAGAAAUGUUGGCCAAGUUUACAGAGACGGAAGCUUUAGAAGGAAAGAUAUAUGCGUGUGAUCAGUGCAACACAAAACGUAGGAAAUUUUCUUCCAAACCAGUUAUACUUACAGAAGCCCAGAAACAGCUUAUGGUGUGUCGACUACCUCAAGUUCUGAGACUACACCUUAAACGGUUCAGGUGGUCAGGACGCAAUCAUCGUGAGAAGAUUGGAGUACAUGUUAGCUUUGAUCAGAUAUUAAAUAUGGAGCCUUAUUGCUGCCGGGAGUCCCUAAAGUCCCUCUUACCUGAUUGCUUUAUCUAUGACUUGUCUGCUGUGAUUAUGCAUCAUGGGAAAGGAUUUGGUUCAGGCCACUACACUGCCUACUGCUAUAAUUCAGAAGGAGGAUUCUGGGCACACUGCAAUGAUUCCAUACUCAACAUGUGCACUAUGGAAGAAGUAUGCAAGGCUCAAGCCUACAUCUUGUUUUACACCCAGCGAGUUACUCAGGCAAACAGACACUGUCGAAUAUCAUUUCCUAGCUCACCAUCUGAAAACCAGCAGUGUACUGAAUUUGUCGACUGUUCAAGUGAAAACAGUAGCAGCUAAUCCAAAGCCAAUUUACUGUGUACAGUAAAAGUUUGACUUGUCAAUUUAUGCGUAUUUUUAAAGAGAAAAUGCAAGUACAAAUUGUAUUUUUUUACUUGUGAAUCAGUGUACAUUAUGUUUAUACACUUUUGUAUUAGCUAAAGUAAGCACUCUUAAGUGUUAGUAUAAAUUUAUAUUGAUAGUAGGUAACUUUCAAAGUACCUAGAAUUGCUUUACAACUUUUUUUAAAAAAUUUCCCUUUGAAUUUUUAACUCUUACCUCAGGCUGUUUUUCAGCUCUGUUUUUAUAUUUUGAUAAUCUGAUUUGGUUUAGAAAAAAAUAUUCUCAAUGGACAGCUGAUGUCUGUAUAUUUUUUGUUAACUUUCUACAUGUGUACAUUUUUAUAGUAUAAUUUUAUAGCAUAUAUUGAUUCGGUCUGUGGGAAUCAGUCAUAUUCUUCACAGAAUAUGAAGGUGCACUAACAAAGAAAGCAUCUAUUAAAUGUCAAGUAAUCACAGAACUUUUCUUCAUUGGGGUAGGGAUUUUUUUUCCUGGAUGUCCUUCAAGUGAUAGAUAAGAAGCUAGGCUCAGAUCUACAAAACUGCUACUGAACCUUGUAGAUGCCCAUGUUUCAGCCUUUGAACAUGCACACAGGUGUGUCCAUUUGCUGCCUAAGCCCCUGUGCAAUUCACAAACUAAGACUGAGGGGCAUUUGGCUGCCUAAAUCGCAUGGUCAGAGGCCACCUAUCAGAUUCAAAAAUGGGGGGAGGGGGAAGGAAGGUGGUAGUGCCCACCUUACAACUUGUAACCUAGGGGUUAGAGCACUUGUGAGAUGGGAGAGCCCCAGGCUCAGUCCUCCGUUCUGCCUGAGGAAAAGGGAUGUGAGCAGGGAGUUUCCUACCUUACGCCUGGUCUAACCACAGAGCUGUGGGAUUAUGUGAUGGAGCUGCUCCCUCAUUCUCUCCUGUUAUUGUUCCACUAUGUGUAAAUAAGGAAAGAAGGACUGGAGCAGGGGGGCUGGACUCUGUCUCCCAGCUCAGUGCCCUAACUCCUGGUCUACAGACUCAUUCCCAUUCUCACUGGCUGAUCCGGCCAAUGAUUGUUCCACUGUGGAUAAAUAUUGGCAGAGAGGGAGAGAAUUGAACUUGGGUUGUUCACAUCCCAGACAAAUGCCCUAACCACCUAAAACUUUAAGGUAGCUACCACCAUCAGUAGCUGUUUUGUGGGGAGUGAGGCAGACACCUAACUCAUUUUCCUCAAGAAGUUGCUUAGGCACCUAAGCCAGCUGCCUCCAGGCAGCAAGUUCCCUUUUGUGGAUUGCAAAGCAGUGCCUAUCUCUAAGAGCAGAGGGGCUUAGUAUACACCCAUCUGGUCAGCAGCUCCCAGGGGCUAACUCCGUAUAGACCAUGCUGGCUUUUGUGGAUCUGUGUUAUGAUUUUCUAGGUACCUAACCAUUAGGUAUUGUAAUGCUCAGCAUUGCCACAGCCAAGUGCCUUGGUGGCUCCCACCCUUUGGGCUUGGCUACACUUGAAAGUUGCAGCGCUGGGAGUUACAGCGCUGGUCAUGCAGCU